AUGUAUCUGCCCUCAGAUCUAACGGUUCAGCAACUCCGCAAGGAAAAGCCGCUCUUAACGAAAGCCAUCAUGGCUAUUAGUUGCUCAUCACUCGAAGAGAAGCGAUCCCGUGCAGAUGACCUGGAAAAGGCGAUCAGCCAGGCUUCUGCCGAAAAUACUGAGUCGGGUCUCGAUUUGUUGCUCUGCGCGUUGACUUACGUUACAUGGGGAUUUUACCAGUUCAUCAAGACAGAGAUGCACUGUUUGCGCCUUCCUCAGCUGACAGUGUCCUUGGCUAAUGAGCUUUGCUUGGAAAAGCCAAUAAAAUUCAGAUCAGACGAAUGGCCGGAUGGGGUGCCCUUUUUAGAUCAGCGGGGAUUUGACCCAGGACUCCCUAUGGACUCGGCUCAGCAAUCUCUGGAGGAGGAGAGGGUAAUUUUGGGAUGUUUCACCAUAAUCUCCAUAUAUUCAUUCAAGCUCAACCAAAUGUCGCCGAUGCGCUGGACACCUCAGUUGGGGGGGUACCUCAAUGAUGUAGAGAAAGCCCGUCAGUGUCCGACGGAUGAAAUUCUUGCCAUUCAGGUAUGGCUACAGCUACUUAUACAACAAGCUAGCGAGCAACGAAACCAGUGGUCUCAAGCAACCACGCCUGGUAUAGCAGCAAAUUUCACCGAGCCCUUUCCAUCCUCACUUCAUUUCAAAACGUUUCGAACGAAACUACAAGAUAUUCAAGCGUCUAUACCACAAAAUCUUAGAGAAGACAAACUCGUAAUUGCGUAUCUGAACGAAGCUUCUAUAAACAUAUACGAGACUAUUUACGCUGCUUAUUUGGAAUCCGGUCACUCCAGUUGCCGGCCAUUAUCCCCGUUGCACUUGCUUCAAUGUCACCUCUCGUCCCUGGAGGCAUUGGACUCCUGGCUCAACAACUUUUUCGCCUUUCCGGUGUCAGAGUACCCUGAUUUCAACUUUGGUAUCUGGAUGCAAUUGAUGCGCUGCCUUACCGUACUGCUCAGACUAUCGAUACCCUCAGACUCUGGUCGCGAUCACCAAAUAGUCCGCAAGACAGCCAAUGUUGUGGUGAUGGCGGAUAGAGCUUUGGAAUCACUACACAGGGCUUCAAUUUAUGCAAAGGAGACCUCACCUGAGGAUUUGUUUGGGAUCUUCUGCAACAUUACAAGGUCAUUUCGUAUUCACGCAGUUUCCCAAUUGCGCAAUGCAGAACAGGAGCGAGCAGUCUCCGACGCUGGAAACCAAAUACAAGAAUUCUGCGACACACCAGAGGGGGCUCUGGAGUGGAGUCUGAUCGAAAAGAUGCUGACUACUGAUGACAACCUGACCUGGGAUCGAUUCAUGAAAAAGAGCUCCGAGCCUUCCUGA